AGAGAGAGAGAGAGAGAGAGAGAGAGAGAGAGUUGAUACAGAUAGAGAGAAACUUCGAAGCUGAAGAGCUCGAACACGACCGUUUUUCUCUAAUCUAAGCUUAUAAAACAUACACUCGUGAACAGAUCAAUGUCGGUUCCUAAAUCUCUCGCUCUCUCUCUUAUUUUAUUGCCUGGAAUUUCAAUUUUCUGAACUUUUAGUCUUUUUUUCCUCUUCUUUGAUCUGUUUGAUCUUCUAUUUCAACACAUUGGCGUGGUUUCUUUUUUUCCGUUUGUCAAUCGAUCGAGCAAUCUCAGCAUUGUUGGUUUUCUGGAAGAAUUCAUUGAACAUUUGAUGGAAAAUGAGUUCUUUUUUUUCCGGAGUGAUCUCAGAAAAUCAGGAGAAAUCUGACAGAGGUAUGCAGAGUUGUUGUUAAAUGAGAGUUUCAGAAAACCGAAGACAGCGAUCAAUGCUGAUUGAUGUCUUGUGAGCUUGGAGUUCUGUGCCCUAGAAUUUAGAGCUCUAGAUAAUUGGAGAAACAAAGAGGUGAAAGUAAUUGGCGAACAAGCGAUGCUUUUGAGUUAUAUCUAAAUCAAUCAGUACUUCUGAUUUUGUGUGAAUAAAAGACAUCGAAAAGGUGAUUCGACAUGAACGGGAACAGGCAGAUGGAGGUUCAUUACAUCAAUACUGGAUUUCCAUACACUAUUACGGAGAGUUUUAUGGAUUUGUUUGAAGGCCUCACAUACGCCCAGGCAGAUUUUUCUCUUGGAGGAGCAAUGCAUGAUCAGGAAAGUGCAUACUGGUCAAUGCAUGCAAAUUCAUACAAAUUUGGAUUAUCCGGCCCAGGAACAACUUCAUAUUAUGGCCACAAUUAUACUUAUGAGGUAAAUGAUCAUAUUCCAAGAAUGGAACCUAGUGGGCAAGCUUGGGAGAACUCAGCAAUGAUGAGCAAUGAAGAGCUGACACCAGUAGAUAUGCGUGGAGGAAAUGGCAGCACAACUACACAUGUUACACCUGAAGACUGCAUUCGAAAUCAAAAUAAUACUAGUAGUUCUCAGAUGUUUUGGCAAGAUAAUAUUGACCCAGACAACAUGACUUACGAGGAACUACUUGAUCUAGGUGAGGCAGUUGGAACCCAUAGUCGAGGUCUUUCUCAAGAACAGAUUUUGCAGCUUCCAAUCUCAAAAUAUAAGUGUGGGUUCUUCUCAAGGAAAAGAUUCCGGGGGGAGAGAUGUGUGAUUUGUCAGAUGGAAUAUAAAAGAGGAGACCGGCAGAUGACCUUGCCGUGCAAACAUAUCUACCAUGGCGGCUGCAUCACUAGAUGGCUCAGCAUUAACAAGGCAUGCCCGGUUUGCUAUACAGAGGUAGUUGUCAAGGAGUGACGGCACUGAAACUGUCAGCUCUGAGGAAAAGGAGCAAUGCCCUGCAAUCUGUUUUUACUGCUUCAAACAUGUUCUGUUUCCACGGUUUUGGGUUUUGGUUUCCGUUAGUGUUAAAUGAGGCCCCAGUAUUCUCUUUUUCUUCUUGUUCUUUUUUAUACGGUUUCCUUGAGUAGGACUAGCCUAGCUUGAAAAUAAUUGGAUAUGAUGAACAUUUCAAACCUGAUUUCUCCACUUGGAGGAUGGAAUGUAUGUAAACGAGUUUCGUUUUGAUUCUUAUGUGGCUUUCUCGAACUACAGUGGUUAUUGACACGAGUGUCUUCAGCUUGA